ACUACACUUUUAGACGAGUUCUCGGAUUUUCUUUCCAUAACUGGGGACCAAAUUGUUUCUUCUAGAACCAGUUAGAUUCAUUUCACAUUUAGAAAGGUUUGGACCUAAAUGCCAAUAACGACUUAUUCAUUCUAGGAACUAACUUGGCACCUCUGUAGUGACGCAGAUAAUCCCAUGGAUCAUCAAGUUCCUUUCGUCCCUUCUGUAGAGGUUUUAGUGAAGGCUUUGAUUGUCAUUUCAUCGGCAGCAGUUACUGGACCUCCAAGUUCAUGGAUUGUUCGAGCCAUAUUCUGCUCGCAUCAUCCCAGCGUAGUCAUUCGACAUUGGUUAAUUAGAAAAAGAGAAGAUGUUUGGAAGAGAUUGCAAAAGUGUCUCAAAAUUUGUGGUUUUGAUGUUACUACUUUUUUGUCUACCAACGCGGAAAGUGUUUGCAAGAGUCUAUUUGGACCAAUGGGUCUAAUGAGUCCUAAAACUUCGGAGCAGCAAGAGGCAGUAUAUUCCUUGUCCACCAUGAUGUCUCUGGCACCAGAAGAUACAUUUACAGUGUUUAAGACGGCUACUUUUUUGGAUCCAUUGCUGCGAUCACCUAUUGUAAGUGCUGCAGCCUUUGAAAACUUGGUGAAGCUUGCAAGGUGUACAGUUCAGCCACUGUGUAACUGGGCUCUAGAAAUUUCAACUUCUCUGCGCUUGACCUCGAGUGAUGAAGUUGAUGCUUCAUCUGAUUUUCGUCCAUCAGUUGACAAGGCUGGGAAAACAUAUGAGGGUCCUUUUGAGAGGAUUAUAACAGCGUAUCCGUAUCUUGCGCUCUACGGAGUUUAUUCAAAAGAUCUUCGUGUCAAAAUGGCCUACUUAAACGCUGUAAAGGGUAUUCCUGCUGUUUCCAAAUGCUCCCUUCCUCAGAAUGCCCGCUAUGGUCAUGAUUUGGGGACUGAUUAUUCAGGAAUCUUUAAAGCACUUUCUCAUAUAUAUCUCAAUGUCUGUUUAGCUGCAGCAGAACUACUGGCUGAUGCUCUUCAUGAAAGCCCGACAUCAAGCCAGCUAUCUCUUUCCACUUUAUUUUCUCUGUACAUCUGUGAUGCUACGUCUGGUGAGGAUGUCUUUGAUGCUGGUUGGAUAGGAAGGCAGGGAAUUGCCUUAGCACUGCAAUCUGCUGCUGAUGUAUUGACAACAAAGGACCUUCCUGCUGUUAUGACCUUUUUUAUAUUCUGCGCACUGGCUGAUCCCAACAAAGAUGUUCGUGGAAAGAUGAUCAAUGCUGGUAACAUGAUUAUUGAUAAGCAUGGCAAAGAAAACAGCUUCAUCAUAUCUCUUAUCAUGUUGGCAUCUGAUGAGGAGGAAUAUGACCUGGUUCAGGGUGUUGUUAUAUUCACCGGAGCACUUAGCAAGAUGCUGCUCCUUAGAAAUAAGGUUCAGUUACUAAACUUGGGUCUUGAAGAUAAAGCAUGGAGAACAAAGCAAAACAGUGUACAGCUCCUCGGUGCUAUGGCAUUUUGUGCUCCUCAGCAACUGUCUCAAUGCCUUCCUAGGGCUGUGCCAAAACUUACAGAGGUUUUGACUGAUACACAUCCAAAUGUCCAGUCAGCUGGGCAGGUCACUUCAGCAGAGCCAAAGGAUAUGUUUCCUUACAUAGGAUUGCUCCUUCCUGAGGUUAGAAAAGUAAACUGCAGUUCUUACCAAAAUAAUGAGUUCUCUCAGGUUCUUGUGGAUCCAAUUCCCGAGGUACGUUCUGUUGCAGCAAGGGCUGUUGGGUCACUUAUUAGAGGAAUGGGAGAGAAUAAUUUCCCAGAUCUUGUUCCGUGGCUGUUUGAAACUCUAAAAUCUGAUACAAGCAAUGUUGAAAGAUCUGGAGCUGCUCAGGGAUUAAGUGAGGUUAUAGCAGCUCUUGGGACAGAUUACUUUGAGAAUAUACUUACUGACCUCAUUCGUCAUUGUUCUCAUCAAAAAGCAUCGGUCCGAGAUGGAUACCUUCCGCUUUUCAAGGUCUUGCCCAUGAGAAUGAAUCUGUUCGUGAUGCAUCCCUGGGGGCUGGCCAUGUCUCUGCCUCUUCUUCUUCCAGUUGUGGAGGAUGGUAUUUUCAAUGAUAAUUGGCGUAUCCGUCAAAGUUCUGUUGAACUGCUUGGGGAUCUAUUGUUCAAGGAAGAUCACUUGGAGAGCUGGUUAGGAAGCUUGGUGAAAGGGUGCUUCCUCUUAUCAUUCUUAUCUAAAGGACUGAAAGACCCAGAUGUUGAAAAAAGACAAUCAACUGGAUUGCAAGCAAUGGAUGAGAUUACCUCAAAUGUUUUUCAGAAACUUGCUCAGCCUCUUGAAGAUAUUGCAAGAAAAUUUAAAUCGAAGGAGUUGUGUUCAGGACUCGCUCAUGGAGUUGUUUCACGCUACUAUAAGUCAGAGCCAGUUCCAGAUAAUGUAAAUAAUCCCGUCGAUCAUCAAGCUCCUUUCGUCCCUUCUGUAGAGGUGUUAGUGAAGGCUUUGGUUGUCAUUUCAUUGGCAGCAGUUGCUGGACCUUCAAGCUCAUGGAUUGUUCGUUCCAUAGUUUCCUCGCAUCGCCCCAGCAUAGUUGGUACUGGAAAAAGAGAUGCUGUUUGGAAGAGUCUACUUGGACCAAUGGGUUUAAUGAGUCCUAAGACUCCCGAGCAGCAAGCGGCAGUAUAUUCCUUACAAAGGAAAAACGGUGAAGGAAGAGGCACGGGAACUGAUGCUCAAAGAGGAGGCCACAACACGCUAAAAUGUUCACAGGAGAUGCCCUUGAGGAGAUGGGUCUUGCUAAUCAUGUGUUUUGUAACAGCUAGUUACCUUUUUGAGAGAAUUAUACACAGUCAGUGGCUGAAUCAGCAGAUGAUAUAUGGCCAUGGUCAUGAUUUGGGGACUGAUUAUUCAGGAAUCUUUAAAGCACUUUCUCAUAUAAAUCUCAAUAUUAAUUGGUCUUUACACUUUAUUUCUCUGUACAUCCGUGAUGCGACGUCUGGCGAGGAUGUCUUUGAUGCUGGUUGGAUGGGAAGGCAAGGAAUUGCCUUAGCACUGCAAUCUGCUGCUGACGUAUUGACAACAAAGGACCAUCCUGCUGUUAUGACCUUUUUGAUAUCCCGCGCACUGGCUGAUCCCAACACAUAUGUUCGUGGAAAGAUGAUCAAUGCUGGUAUCAUGAUUAUUGAUAAGCAUGGCAAAGAAAACGCAUCUGAUGAAGAGGAAUAUGACCUGGUUCGUGAGGGUGUUGUUAUAUUCACUGGAUCACUAGCAAAGCACUUGGCAAAAGAUGAUCCUAAAGUCCAUAAUGUUGUGGAAAAUCUGUUGGAGGUGUUGAACACACCAUCAGACUCUGUGCAACGAGCAGUCUUAACAUGCCUUUCUCCACUUGUGCUAUCAAAGCAAGCAAAACUCAGGGCGGGAGAUAUAGAAAUCAUUAGAGGAAGAUUCCUUUGCCUCAUAGACUAUGGAGUCAGAGUCCAAGAAGGAUAUCUUAGGAUUCUGAAGUUUCUCACCUCAAGCAACGACUCAAUGAAAAUAAUGAGGAAAGAUGGAUACUGCGCGGCGCAAAUAGAACUCGAGGAACAUCGGCAGCAUGAGCAGCUGCUUAAGAGAGAAAAUGAGUUCCUAAAUCUUGAUGAGCUCAAUCUGAAAUUACGGCGAGCAGAUGUGAGUGUUUCUCGUGCCGAAGAAGACCGAGCAUCUUCUGGAAAGAACUCUUAUUCUAAUUUUGAUAAGACGAAAAAGUUAUCUGCCAAACGGAAGGAGACCGAAGAGGAGAGAAUGCAUCUAUUGUGUCUCUACAAAAGUAUAUUAAAGGAUAUCAACAAAACGCACGCUAAACAUAAGGCAGCAAGUGUUACAGGAGAGGAUAUUAUUACACACAUAAACCUUGCAGUUGCUGAAGAGGCACUUGAACAACUCAAGAAAAAACUUGGUUUACUUGAAAGUGAAAUACGCCACUCUAGUUUAAAGGUUCCAUUGAAAGCUUCAAUCCCGUAGGAAGCUUAGAACGCUAAGGGAAGGACUCAUGGCACAUACAUUUGGACAGUUAUAUGUAGACACAUGUGCAAUGAUUUGGAAUGGUUUAUGAAUGUGAAGAGGAGAGGGAGCCUCCUUAAACCCAUUAGUAUGUGCCUAGGGUAUGUUUUCAUCACCACAUACAUCAGUGUUUCCAAUUGGCCUGCACCUUGAAGACUUGUUUUUUAAUAACCUCCUCUCUGUCUGUGCAAUUAAUUACUCUGGUAAGA